AUGUCUUUCCGUAUCUGUUCUUCGCGAUUGAGCGCAUCGCUCAGGCCAUCGCUGGCUCUCCGCCGUGGUUAUGCCUCACCAACCGCUUCCAACCUGCCCGCUGGACUCCAGAAUGCCAUUCAAGUGCGCAAUCACGUCAAGGACAUACUCGCAGACCAGCCGUCUCGUAGGCCAGUCGACUCCUACAUGGUCCCCACCUACGUUCGCCCUCCUCCCAUGUUCCAGAAGGGCGAAGGUUGUNUUUUGUGGGAUGUUGAGAACAGACAAUACCUCGACUUCACAUCAGGAAUCGCCGUCAAUGCUUUGGGUCAUUGUGAUCCCGAGAUGUCCAAGCUGCUCGCUCAGCAAGUCAGUCGCGACCUUGUCCCACAAGCCAAUACACCCAUACUGAUGCUCUGCCUAGNNGCGCAAACCCUCGUUCACACCUCCAACCUAUACCACAAUCCCUGGACUGGCGCAUUGUCCAAGCUACUCGUAGAAAAGACGGUCGAGUCGGGCGCCAUGGCUGACGCAACACGAGCAUUCAUCUGCAAUUCUGGGUCUGAGGCCAACGAGGCUGCCAUCAAGUUCGCUCGCAAGUGUGGCCGCAUGGCCGAUGAGUCGGGAAACAAGCAUGAGCUUGUCUCAUUCCACAACUCUUUCCACGGCCGCACAAUGGGUUCGUUGUCGGCCACUCCCAACCCCAAGUACCAGAAGCCCUUCGGUCCUAUGGUUCCUGGCUUCAAGUACGGCACUUACAACGACAUCGAGGCCAUCAACGACCUGGUUACCGAAAAGACUUGCGGUGUCAUCAUCGAGCCUAUUCAAGGUGAGGGUGGUGUCAACGUUGCAACCGACGACUUCCUCCUUGCCCUCCGCCGCCGCUGCACAGAAGUCGGUGCCGUCCUGAUCUACGACGAGAUUCAGUGCGGUCUCGGCCGUACUGGUACCAUGUGGGCUCACGGAGCUCUCCCCAAGGAAGCACACCCCGACAUCCUGACUACCGCAAAGGCCCUCGGCAACGGCUUCCCUAUCGGCGCUACAAUUGUCACUGAGAACGUCUCCAGCAAGAUUGUCACUGGUGACCACGGAACCACUUUCGGUGGCAACCCUCUCGGUUCCCGCCUUGCACACUACAUUGUUGGCCGUCUCUCCGGCGCCGAGAUCCAAGACGGCGUCAUUCAGAAAGAGAAGGUCUUCCGCAAGCGCUUCGAGCAGCUCAAGCAAAAGUACCCCGAUGUCAUCACCGAGGUCCGUGGACGUGGUCUCCUGCUCGGUGUCCAGCUGUCUCAAGACCCCACUCCUGUCAUCACCGCCGCCCGCGAACGCGGUCUUUUGAUCAUUACUUGCGGAACCAACACCCUCAGAUUCGUCCCUCCGCUCAUCAUCUCCGAGUCUGAGAUUGAGCAGGGCAUGAACAUUCUCGAAGACGCCAUGAAGGCUGUUUUCAGAACCGACGAGCACAUUCCUGGUACAGACGGCCAGCAAGAGAUGCGCGACUCAUAG